CCCGAGCAACACACGUUGAGUCCGCGUCUCCCCGGUGCGGUGCGGUGAGUCCGUUGGAUUCGCUUCAUGGCGCCAUGAGCGCUUCACCCGUCUCACGCCUAGUGGCCACGGCUCAGCUGGUGCGCACCGGGUGCCGCAAGUGCUGCAGCUGCUUGCAGGGCUCACCGGUGCUGUGCCUCAUCAUUACGCCCCUGGUCGUAUUGAUCUUCAUCCUCAUCGCCGUCUUCAAUGUCUGCUUGGCCCGCUUGUUGACGGCUCCUGGCGCAGUCCUUUUCAAUGUGCUCCUGCUUUGGUUAGUGCUUCGGCUGGUCGUGAGGGUCUUGGUCUUCCCCGGCUCCAUCCUCUUGUGGCGCCGCAACACAGAGGCCUCCUACCGUGCCGAGAUGGCGAAGCAGUUCGCCAGUCACCUGGAGCACCUGCGCGGCUUCGUGGCCGAAGCCCUAGGCAAAGGCCAAGGAGUGGCCACCCCGGCGACCCUGGAGGGCACCUUGUUAGGCCUGAUGGUGGUCGAGGGCUUGGCCCGGAACUUCCGGGUGCAGCAGAGAGAUCAGGUGAAAUUCACCACUGAGCAGGUCCAGCUAAGAGGGCUGGUCCAGGCCGUGGAAGUCUGGCUGAGCCAAGCCAAGGUCCUGGACAGGCGUGCCGAGAUACCCCUGAAUGACUGGCUGCAGCGCCAUGUGCAGAAUGUGGUGAAGGUCCCGCUGCGCUAUGCAGUGAACAGUACUCCCUUGGUCUCGGAAGCCAAAGCGGAGGCCGAAGGCACCCUUCAGCGCCUGGAGCAGCUUCUGCAUAUCUUCUACGAUCUGCAGCGAUCGCCGGACGGCCUUUGUGCCAGCACCAGGCGCUUUCUGCGGACGCCAGUGGUUGGAUCGCUGAACCAGCUCAGGGCAGAGCUCCUGUUGCGCUACAGCGCACAGCACUACUGGGUGCGCACCGGCGGCCGCAAGAUCGACGCGGUGUUCAUCUCCGCCAAGGGAGACCGUGGCGAAGCCCUGACCGAGGAGAGUCCCGACGCGAAGGAGGAUGCUCCCUUGAAGGACCUCGAACCGCGUGGGCAUGUGGUAGUUUGGUGCAACCCCAAUGCCGCCUACUACGAGACCAUGGCCUAUGAAUCCCAUUGGUUGGACUUCUACCUCUCCCAGGGCUGCAGCAUCUUCGUUUUUAACUACAGUGGAUUUGGACGGUCCCAAGGGCAUCCAAGUCCAGGCCGCCUGAGCGCUGACGGCGAUGCGGUGGUGGACUUCCUGCGGCGGAGGGGUUUCACUCAGGUGGCCGUGCAUGGACGGUCAAUUGGAGGCAUUGCUGCUUGUCGCAUUGCCCGAAAGAAUCCCGACAUCGUGAAGGUCCUGGUCGCUGACCGUACCUUCUCAACCUUGGCCAAGGCGGCGAAGUACACCUUUGGAGAUUGGGCUGCCAAGGGCUUGUCUUUGUCAGCCACUUGGGCGGACAAUGUCUCCAACUAUGUCAACACCAAGUGCUACAAGGUGAUGCUGUGCGAUCCCAAGGACGCCACCAUCCCGGACCUCGCUGCGCUGCGCACGGCAGUGGCCCAGAAGGUCUUGGAACAGGUGCCUUCCAGCGAGCGCUUUUCCUAUGAGGGCUUGGACCGCAUGGCAGAAGCCUGGACCUUCUUCGAGGUCCUGCUCUCCAUUUGCGAUGCCUGCGACGGCGGAUGUGUUUGCCAACCGCGCUUCGGGGAAUCCAAGCGCUCCGCCCGGCAGCCGGUGGUGGGGAAGCCGGUGGUCGAGACUGAAACCGCUGAGGCCGGUGACGAAGACUCGCGGCUGGUGGCCCGGCCACCGACACCGGCGAAGGUGACGGUGCAGUGGCUUCAGGAGCACAGCGACUUUGUGCACUUCACCAUGUCACCCCACAUCGACCUCCUUCGCCAGGCCGUGGACAGUUUGGGCUCCAGGUUCAACGCGAGUGGCCUGCCAUUAGAUGAGGCCCUAGGAGGUCAUCAGGAGGAUGCUGCUGAAGCCUUGCAGUGCUUCUUGUGCAACUUGCAGGUGUGGGGGUCUUUGGCCCUCCGGGGCGCCUCGGGGGAGUUCAGCCCUAUGCCGCGCACCGCCGUGGACGAUGACCUGGAGCUCUUCCUGGCCAGAGGUCUCAGUGGUACCACGGCGUCCAUGAGCGCGCGCUUGGCGAAAGUGGCCGAGCAGUUGACGCCGUCGAGGAUGUCCGACUACCAUCGACAGCUGGCGCGAGUUGGAGUGGCCCGUGUGCGUCGAGACUUCCGGCAGCAGCUCUCCGCGCUGCAGCGGAGUCUGGAUGCCUCUGUGGCGCAGGGCGACUGCCCACUGAGUGCGGCGGUCUUGACGCAUCUCCGAGAGGUGGAGAAGUUCAUGACAGCCAUCUACCGCUUCUUUAAAUGCGUGGACAUCAGUGGCCAAGGGGAUCUGGAGCGACCGGAUUCAGGCGAGGGCGUAGGGCCGAACCGGAGCCCUACCGCUCUCAUGGAGGUUGGAAGCGAUGAUUCUGAAGAGGGUGCUCGUGCCCAUGUGCCAAAGCCCAGCAUAGACCGCUCGUGGGCGGGCUAUGUAGCAUGCCUCAACUGUGGUCAUAAUGGCGUUCUGAGCGAGGGAGAGGCACAGCAUUUGGCCCUCCACUUGCGCACGGCCCAGUUCGGCAAGUAUGCGCCCUCGGAGGAUCACGUGUAAGGUGGUCGUCAACCGUGUGAGCUGCAUGCCGACGUUCCUACACUGCCGGGGCAUGGUGUGAAAAGGCCACAAGAGCAAAG